CAUUAAGGGGAAUGUCUAAUUAGGGCGGGUCCAAAAAGUUUGUUAUAAAUUAUGACCGUAAAGAAUAGAUGAUCAUUUAAAAAUGUUUUGUACGGUUAAAAGGCAGAAAUUGCCUUCAUUAAUUUUUAUUUUGUUAUAUAUGUGUUUCUGUGUUUUUCAAUGUAAUUGUGAUUGCAAUAUUCCUGUUAUAAUGAGGGGAUCGUGGUUUUCUUGGGAAAAUGGACAAAAUACAGAAACAGAAAUCAAUGCGAAUACCAUGACUCGAAAAGGAAUCUGUGUUGCUAUAAAGGAUGAGUUCUACACAAAUUAUACAUUAGUUUUUAAAAGAGAAACGUGUUACACUUGUAUCAAAUUUCUUGUCCGAACUGUUAAUGUCUUAGAGAAGAUGGAAACCUCUUGUCAGAACAUACCUGAAUCAGAAUUUACACUAGAGCGUGUUUGUAGCGCUCUUUUACCUGAUCAGCAACUUAUAACUCUCUUCUCUGAGAAUUAUGUACCUGUUAAUUGUCGUUCUUCAUUGGAAGGUGUAUGGAAUUUUGCAUAUCAAAAUAGAUUUAAAUUUACUGGUGAAUGUUCACAUCCUGAUGCACAAAUUCGUUCAUGUCAGACUGUUGGAUCCCAAUUUUUAAUUACCAAUCAAAAAUUCAAUAUCACUUAUAAGAAAUGUGAUGGAAUGAGUGGGACUUUUGAUGGCCUUGUUGAAUACAGCUGUUUAGGAGACUGGUUUGUUGACAAAAAUCAUUAUUUUGCUGUUGCUAAUACAAAGGAGUCCCGCAAAGAUGAAAAAUACAGGUGCUUCCUUAAAAAUCGCGAUGAUGAUCUGUACAUAGGUGUAUCUAUAACAGCAGAAUGUAAUACAUUAAAAACCGUGGAGAAAAGCCCAGAAAGGUUACAUGUAACACCUGUGAAGGCAGAAGUUGUAGAACCUGGUUGCAGAUUACCCCAAAACUUUUCUGGUGAUUGGAUAAAUACUGCGAAUAUUGAUGCUGACAUUUUUAUAAAUGAAACUCACAUUAUUGAAACAUGGUAUCCUGAUGAAGGCCGUUACAGAAGAACCAUCUAUGUUUGCAGAGAACAUAGAGAUACAAGAGUAAUGAUGGCCAGACUUACAGUUGAUGGGUGUCAAAAAGAUUAUGUUUGUUUUGAUUUUGUUCCACAACACCACAACAUAAUACGUUAUAGAAAAGGAAUAGCUGUUAUUAAAGACAAUUUCCACACAGUAUGUUCGUGGGUACAAUUUCCAAAUAAAGAGAAGUGGAAAUAUGAUCUUUAUCUGAAGAAGAAUCCAACGGCGGUACGUUGUCCCGUUGCGGGCAAGUUUAAUUUUACUCAAAAAGGUGACGUUCCAUUCGAAACGAGAAUAUUGGGCGGUGUGACAUUGAGUCCUAGACCAAAUACAUACUGUAAGCAAAACAUAUCUGAUUUUUCUGUAUGUGAUGAAGACCAGAAAGAAAUAGCAAUUGAUGAAAAUUAUUGCUUAUCUGUUGACUAUUUGGGUAGACCAGUUGAUAUAUACAGCGAUCCUGACUACAGAAUGAAAUGUAUAGGAUAUUGGAAGGAAAAUUUGAAAUCAUAUUUAAUCACAUAUGAUGAGUUAGAUCCAUUUUCAAAAUAUAGAUGUUGGGUCUAUCAACGAGCAGAUUUAAAUAGAGUCCUUAUGUCUCAAGCUCUUGGACCGUACUGUGAUUUGAAGCAGGAUGUUAUUUCGUGGAACUAUACAGAGGGUGCUGCUGUAGCCAUAGUUAUGCAGGAAUAUGAAAGAGAACGUGAUAGAUGUCCGAUGCACUUUGAUGAUGGUUCAAAUCCUUGGAUUGAAUCAGAUAAUACAAUUAAAAUAUUCAAUUUCGGAUACUUUACUGGUACUUCUUCUAGUGUGCCACCAAUCCAAAGUUGUGUAAUGGUAAUUCUGACAUUAAUUACUAUAAGUUUUAGCUAAGUCUUUUUUAGUCUUUUUUUAUAUAGCAUAACGUAUAUAAAGUAAGCACAAAUCUUAUUUAUAAAUAGCGUUAUAAUUUUUUAUUUUUUAAACUUAAAGAAUCUCAGCCCCAUUUCUUUCAAGUAAAAUAACUUAAAAUGGUAGGUAGAUUAAAUUAUCCUAUUCCAUUAAGAAAAUAAUUAUAGUAAUUGUGAAGAUGAUGAAACCCUCUUGGACUGGGGGGAAAGAUGUGGAGGGGAUAGGGAAGACUUUGUAAAAUGUAUUUUUGGGUGGUAAGAGAGGUGUGGAGGUGAAAAAUUAAGAAUUUGAAGAAGAACGUAGGCUAAUCUAUUUAUUUUUAGCUAAUUUAUUUAACAUCUUAUAAUUACUAAAAAAGCUUUUCGAUUGAUUUUAAUUUGAAACCUCAAAAACAAGUCCAAAAUCACUGCAAAAAAUUUUUUCAAUUUUUCACCCCACCCCCUUCAUCUUUCCCUUUCGCCCCUACCUAAAAAUUGUUGCCACAUCUCAUAAUUAUAUUUCCAAGUUUUACUUCUACCCCUUGUGCCUCCACGUCUCCGUUCUCAGCUUAAAACACUUGUUUAGUGUUCUAUAAGCUCUUCCUCACCUCCAGCAAUUUUCCUUCUAUCUGAUAGAUGGGAUUACAUCAUCUGCACAAUUGCGCCCUAAGAUUGUAUGUAGUACGUUUGCGUUUUUGGUACAUUCCGUUUUAUGUAUAUCGUAAAUAUGUAUGCGUGUGUGUAUUUCAUUAAUUUUUAUGAAUUAAGUACAAACAGUGGCCUUUACAGAAAGGUGCUAUAAAUUACUAGAAGUGCAUUUUGCUUUGCAUGAAAUAGUUUACAGCUCCUCUAAUGAUAUGAAUAUGAUCUACGGAUAUAUUAUACACUAAUUUUAUUUAUGGUAUAGUUUGUACAUUGUAUAUUUUCGAAUUUGUAAUAUUGUAUCCGUCCAUUUUUAGAUAAAACGAAUUGAAUGUAGUAGUUUCUGUAUUUUAUUUUUAAUAGGGAGCAUUUUGUAACUUAUAUUUAAGUUGUAAUUUAUACAUAUACCAAAUAAAUCUGAUGAAAAUCUGAA